AUGAAGAUCACCUAUGAUGGUCUCACGAAUGAGGACCACGAGGCGAUCAAUGAUGGCACAAAGCCGAUCAUCAUCCACAAUUAUCCUUUUCGUUAUGAUCACUGUCGACUGCAACGCCGCUGCCCCGAUUACUAUCCGUCAAAAGAUCCAAGCGGGGAUUUUACACAGUGGAAGACUUAUUAUGACGACGAAAAAAAUCCGGGUUGGAGGAUUGUAGAUGAACCUGACGUUGAAAUCAACGUCACGGAUUCCAAGUAUUUCCGCGGCCUUGAACCAGGGGAAUCUUUUGUCAAAACUCUUAAACUUGAAUCUUUCCACUUGCAUCCCGAUACAGCGGUCGGCGACACAUAUCGAUACCAGUACUGUGGUGGCUGCGUUGACUGGUGGAUUUGGGGUGAUUUCAAAGAGCAUGCAAAUACUGUAGUGAAAUUGCCAUGUUGGCUGCAAGAUUAUGUCGUCGACCCCGAUGAUAAUGAUGGAAGGCCAGUCAUAAUGGUCCCUUCAUCUAAUUUUGUCGAGUUUACUAUUGUUGAAUGA